AUGCAUAUAUUAUCAUAUACUCUACCUGAAAAUACUUCUGAAGUUUGUUUUAUUACCAAUGUACAGUCAUUCUUGGCCCAUAAGAAAGAUAUAAAUAAUACUACUAGCAAUGCUAUGAAUAUAAAUGAUGCCACGAACAUGAAUGAUGAUAAUAAUAAUGCUAUGAACGAUACUAUGAGCAAUGCCGUAAGCGAUACUGUGAGUAAUUCGAUGAAUGAUACCGUGAGCGAUUCGAUAAACGAUACCGUAAGUGAUUCGAUGAAUGAUAUCGUGAGCGAUGCGAUAAAUGAUGCUAUGAAUGAUGCUAUGAAUGAUGCUAUGAAUGAUGCUGUAGAUGAUACUAUGAACAAUGCGAUGAAGGAUACUAUAAACAGUACUGAUUAUAUUAACAAAAUUCAGAUAUAUGGUAAUAUUAGAAUUAAUGAAAAUUUCAAAAGUGCUGGUUUCAAAAUAAGUAACAAAAUCGAUGAUUAUAAUAUAUCUGUAUCUACUUAUGAGUAUAAGCUUAAUGUAGGAGAUGUCUUUGAUGACUGGUCAUCUGUUGAUACAUUUAUACACCAAUACUGUUUUGAAAGAG